AUCGGAUCCCUCCUGCCAUCAAACUCAUCGGUCACAUCAUAAUAUGGGAACCCCGCCCCCUCUUUCCGGGACCUACACUGACCUCUCAUUGUUCUUUCUUCUUGUUCUGCUACCCCAUCAAAUAUCGAUUUUCGAGUCCCCCUCAGUGUACCAAUUAUUUACCUGCCAUGACUCAACCACGCUCUGCCAGACUUACAAAGUUUUUCUAUCUUGUUGUAUCGGGAAAACGUCCCGUGUCUAAUAUCGAUGAUUUCAAGAAAUUUCUGGAGGCUAUUCUCCAUGAAGAGGAUCAUGCCGCAUGCGUUGAGCGAAUAAUAGCCAGCUCUCCAGCACGUAGCGCGAUACACUCGGGGCUGCGCUUUGAUACAUCUCCUGAAUUUAUCAAUGCACAUACAUCGCACUUUCUCCUCUAUUUAGCGACUCCAGCUAUCAAGAAUUUAUGCAACGGUCGUUUCUUGCGGGAGCUACUUAUGCUCACCAUGGAACCACGAACAGUACAGGAUGCAUUUAUGCAGGCCUUUAACUCACGCCGGUUGAAUGAGGACUCUGUUCGUGCACUUGCCUGGGUCAUCGAGGAGGUCCUAUCCCUGCCUACCUCCAGUGACAUCCAGCUGGACAUAACCGACGACGCUCAGAAGGUUGUGGCCGAUGGAUCACUUUUCGAAUCUCCAUCGAGAGAGAUCAGGACUCAUGCUUACAAGAUAAAACACUUACUUCAAAUGAAGACGGUCAAGUUAACAUCCUCAGCAGAUCCCGACUUCUGUGCCGGUGGCCGUCAUGACAACGACUUCGCCGAUUACCGUAAAAUUGCCAUAUACCCGACCUCCGACGAGUUCUUGUCGACGACGAAACCCUUUUAUCGAAGGGCACAAGAAAUCGCAGAAGUGGCAGUUGAAACACGCCUCACAGCCCAUUUGGAUAACCAGUUCCGAUUGCUGCGCGAGGACAUGCUUUCCGAUAUCCGAGAUGGAUUUCAAAUUGCCAGGGGCCAGAAAAAAGGUCGCCAGGCUAUUCCUCUGCUACGCGAACUUACCUUGACCCAGAUUCGGUAUGGAGAUGGAAGACGGCUUCGACCUUGCACAUUGAUCGUUUCAUGUGCGUCAGGACUGGGAACCCUUACAAAGCGAAGCCCUCAGGAACGUAAAGAGUUCCUCAAAGAACAUCGAAAUUACCUUCGUCACCAAGCGUUUGGAUGCCUGAUGCGACAAGGGGAAAUUAUCUCGUUCUGCACGUUGGACCGCGAUGUUGAACUACUUUCCCGGUCACCUGCCCAGAUCACCCUGCGAAUAAUUGGACAGAAUGCACUAUCAAAAACACUUCUCUACUUUAAGCUUUUUCGUGACAUUGAGUAUCUUUUGGUCGAUGCAUCCGUCUUUGCCUAUGAGCCGAUUCUGUUGUGUCUUCAGGAUAAACUAGAAGUAUCUCUGGCCAAGGAGCUUCUAGAAUUCAGAAAGGGUGACCCGGUCUCAAUGGCUGAUGUUGUUUCCCCUUCCGUGAUUGAGGACUUCCGACAGACCGGGAACAAUAAUGGCAACAUUCAGAGUAAACUGAAGACCGAAAAAGAAAUUCGUCUUGAUUCUGCGCAGUUGGAAUCCUUCCUUUCUGGAUUGUCACAGAGUGUCAGCCUUAUACAAGGGCCUCCCGGAACCGGGAAGUCAUUUGUUGGGGCACUUCUAGCGAAAGCAAUCUACACGUACAGCAAAGAGAAGAUACUCGUCAUGUGUUACACAAAUCACGCCCUGGACCAAUUUUUGGAGGAUCUUCUUGAUAUCGGAAUUGACCAGUCAGAAAUCGUGCGUCUUGGAUCAAAGUCCACCAACAGGACAUCUCAGCUUAAUAUACACGAACUGAAAUCCGACUACAGAAGAAGCCAGAAUAGCUGGGGCGUCAUAAACAAACUGAAUGCCGACGCAGACGAGCUGAAAGCUGCGGUGCCUUCUGCGUUCCAAAAAUAUCAGGAAUUUCGUUUAUCUCCUGGCGUCAUUGACGAGUUUCUUGAAUUCGAGCACCCAGACUUUUAUGAAGCUUUUAGACCUCCUGAAGACGGGAAUGAAAUGACUAUGGUGGGAAAGAAAGGAAGGGACGUCACCUGGGGGUAUCUGUUUGAGCAGUGGUCAUCCGGCAGGGACCACGGAUUGCCAUCUUUGGAUCACCUAUGUCAGGCCGCCCGUGAUGUAUGGGAAAUGGUCCCUAUAACGCGCCAGUCUCAUAUUCAAAAAUGGACCAAGGCCCUCAUCGAGGAACAGGUCACGGUUCUCCAAAGAUUGAUGUGCCGCCUGGACAAUUGCCGAGACCCGCUUGAUGAUGUUUGGAAUGAUAGGACGCGCACAAUAAUUUCUUCCAAGCGGAUAAUUGGGUGUACGACUACUGCGGCUUCAAUGAAUACUGCGGCGUUAGGUCUUGCGUCGCCAGGGGUCAUUCUCCUGGAAGAGGCUGGCGAGAUUCUUGAGCCACAUGUUCUUGCAGCGAUGGGGCCUCAUACCAAGCAACUGAUUCUCAUCGGCGAUCAUCAGCAGCUCCGUCCCAAGAUCAAUAACUAUGGACUUUCUGUAGAAAACGGAGCGGGUUAUGAUCUUAACCGUUCUUUAUUUGAACGUCUAGUAGGAUCUGGACACCCACACUCUACCUUGGCUAUCCAACAUCGCAUGUGUCCGGAAAUUUCCUCACUAGUUCAAGCUCUCACCUACCCAGGUCUGUUGAAUGAUCCCAAGACACUCAAUCGUCCGGGUCCUCGUGGGCUACAGGACCGAGUCAUCUUUAUCAACCACAAUAAUCCGGAGAAACGGUUCGAAGACAUUGCAGACCGUCGUGAUGAAGGUGCCAAAGUGAGCAAGCGAAAUAUUUUUGAGGCUGAAAUGGUUUUGAAGAUCGUCAGAUAUCUUGGUCAACAAGGAUACGGGACUGACAAAAUAGUUGUCCUCACUCCAUACCUGGGCCAACUUCAUCUCCUCCGCGACUAUCUACGUAAAGAUAAUGACCCAGUACUGAACGACCUAGACUCACACGACCUUGUGCGUGCAGGGCUUCUAUCUCAGGCUAGUGCACGGCAUACGAAACGACCCAUUCGGCUAUCAACGAUUGACAACUACCAAGGAGAAGAGAGUGAUAUCGUUGUCGCAACACUUACCAGGAGCAACGACGAGGGUGACAUCGGGUUUAUGGCAGCCCAGCAGCGCUUGAACGUGUUGCUAUCGCGUGCUCGGAAUAUUCUGAUCAUGAUCGGCAAUGCUAGAACUUUCACGUCCAGCAGAAAGGGAAAGAACGUUUGGGGACCGUUUAUUGAUCAGCUUCAUGCCAAACACCACUUGUACGACGGGUUGCCAAUCAAAUGCGAACAGCACCCGCAGCAUACAACAGUUAUUUAUAGGCCGCAAGACUUUGAUACCGAGUCUCCUGACGGAGGAUGUCGGCUGCCUUGUGGUGCGAAGCUCAACUGCGGGAUACACGACUGCCCAUAUAUGUGCCACCAGUUGUCAGACCAUUCCAAGAUGAAGUGUUUGAAGAUCGUUGAAUGGCGUUGCCCACGGAAUCAUCGCAUCACUCGACCAUGCUCGCAGCUUCAGAAUACAUGCCAAAUGUGCAAUGCAGAAGACAAGGCUAAAGAGCGACGACGGGAGCAAGAAAUGGACUUGGAAAUCAAACGAGAGCGAAUGCAGACCGAGUACUUGCGUCAGCUGACUGAAAUCCAGGAGGAAAUUGCCCAUGAAAGACGUGCUAGGAAAGAUAAGUCCGAUGCGGAGGAGAAGCAGCGUGUCCUCCAACAGCAUAAGGACGAACUUGAGAGACUGAGGAGCAACACCAGUAAAACCCACGUGCCAGCGCCAGACAACGACCGACAGAGUGUCAACGGAGCGGACUGCUCUCAUAGUGGACCCUCCGACCAUUGUCUUGUGGACCGUCAUGUUGAUAAAGCUCCAAUCAAGUGUGCAGAUGAGAGGGAAAUGCACGACAACAUCCCAUCCGCCGCAGCGGAUUGGAAACAGCAGAAGGAAUUUGAAGGGGCUCAGAGCCCAGAGAUAGAUGCCUUGAUGGAAAUGAUAGGACUGGAAAGUGUGAAGGAGCAAUUCCUUGACAUAAAAGCCCAAGUGGACACAGCAUCGAGGCAAAACAUCGACCUUCAGGGAGAGCGCUUUGGGUCCGUGUUACUAGGUAAUCCGGGAACAGGCAAAACGACCGUCGCUGGCUUGUAUGCCAAGUUCCUGACCUCAAUGGGUGUUAUUCCGGGAAGCUUCGUCGUUGAAACGACCGGAUCACGACUGGCGAAUGACGGAGUAACGGGCUGCGAAAAACAGAUAAAUAAUAUCAUCAGUAAUGGAGGUGGAGUACUCUUCAUCGAUGAAGCGUACCAGCUAUCACAAGGGCACGGAUCUGGGUCACAGGUGAUAGACUUCCUUGUCGGAGAAAAGUUCUUCGCGCAUAAUCCUGGCUUGCCAAGUCGCUUCCCACGUGAGUUUUCCUUUGAGGACUAUGACGACGAUGAGUUGCGUCGAAUUCUCGAACACCGAAUUCGAAAGAAGUACAGCGGCAGAAUGACGGUGGAGGGGGGAAUGGAUGGGUUGUACUGUCGCAUUGUCGCACGGCGUCUUGGUCGACAGCGCGGAAAGGAAGGGUUUGCAAAUGCCCGUGCCGUUGCAAAUGCCUGUUCCAGGAUAUUCGAGCGCCAGGCUCGUCGUCUGAAGAGGGAGAGGAGACGCAAGACGUCUGUUGAUGAUCUCUACUUGACCAGGGAGGAUUUGAUCGGUCCCGAACCCUCCAAUGCACUCCAGAACUGUUUUGCGUGGCAAAAGCUGCAGUCCAUGAUUGGGCUUAAAAGUGUGAAAGAGGACGUACAGGCAUUGUUAGACAGCAUCCAAUCCAAUUACAACCGGGAGCUGAGCGAACAGCCUUUGGUGGAGUUUACGUUGAACCGAGUGCUUCUGGGGUCGCCAGGGACGGGAAAAACUACCGUUGCAAAGCUCUAUGGACAGAUACUUGUGGACAUUGGAUACUUGUCCAAUGGGCAAGUCAUCGUGAAAAAUCCGUCAGAUUUCGUUGGCAGUGUCUUGGGUGAGUCGGAAAGGAACACCAAAGGAAUAUUAGCAUCAACUAUUGGCAAAGUGUUGGUGAUCGACGAAGCAUACGGUCUCUAUGGGGGUCACGUAACCGAUAUCUUCAAGACCGCUGUCAUUGACACAAUCGUCGCAGAGGUCCAAAGUACACCCGGCGACGACCGUUGCGUCUUGCUUCUUGGAUACCAGGACCAGAUGACCACCAUGUUCCAGAAAGUUAACCCAGGGUUGUCCCGACGGUUCCCUCUGGACGCUGCCUUUGUGUUCGAAGAUUUUACUGACCACGAACUUGGCCUAAUCCUGGACUUGACGUUGAAACAACAGGGCUUUGAGACUACACCAACAGGCAGGAAGGUGGCCCUAGAGGUUCUGGCGCGCGCACGCAACCACCCACACUUUGGUAAUGCUGGUGAAAUCGAUAUCUUGCUUAAUACUGCGAAAAUAAACCAUCAACGGCGGCUGGCUACGGUGUCUGAGCCAGCUAAUAGCUCCCGCCUGGAAUCCGAAGACUUUGACAAAGAUUUCGAUCGUGCCGAUCGCUCUGAGACUGAUAUACCGAAGUUGUUCUCGGGGGUCGUGGGCUGUGAGAAGAUUGUCCAGCAAUUGGAAGGAUAUCGACAGACCGUCAAAAACAUGCGAGAGUUGGAAAUGGAACCGCGAGAUCAAGUGCCAUUCAAUUUCCUGUUUAAAGGCCCACCCGGGACCGGUAAGACAUCGACGGCGAGAAGAAUGGGUGAAGUGUACUACAACAUGGGUCUUCUCAGUUCUGCAGAAGUCAUUGAAAGCUCCGCAACGGACCUCAUAGGCCAAUACAUUGGCCACACGGGUCCCAAAACCCAGUCCUUGCUCGAGAAAGCACUAGGCAAAGUACUGCUCAUCGACGAAGCAUACAGACUCGCCGAGGGGCACUUCGCGAAAGAGGCCAUGGACGAAAUCGUGGACUGCAUCACGAAACCGAAGUUUUUCCGAAAGCUCAUCAUUAUCCUCGCAGGUUACGAUACAGACAUCAACCGACUAAUGGCCAUCAACCCGGGACUAACAAGCCGCUUCCCCGAGUCUGUUGAAUUCAACGGACUCAGCCCGGACAGCUGCAUGCAGUUAUUGACCAAUCUCCUCCAAACGCGGAAGAACGCACUAGCAUCCAAGCUCACAGAAUUCGACAUGACCUCGAUCGAGUCUCCAAGUAGCUCCUUCCAAGGACUAUGCAAGAACCGCUUUGCCCGACUCUCCAAAAUCUCGAACUGGGCCAACGCAAGAGACGUACAGACCCUAGCCAACCGGAUAUUCCAAAAGGCCGUCCAGAAUAUCCAAGGUCGGAAGCUCCUCAUAGAGGAAGCCCUUGUCAUUACGGAGAUGGACCAUAUGAUUCAAGAACGAACCAACCGGGAAAGCGCGCAGUCUGUUUGCAGAGACCCACUUGCCUAUUUACAGACCCAAGCGAUGUCUACCGAUCUGACCGGUCCUCCGACAAACACAACCACUACUACUGCUACUACUAGUAGUACUACCCCCAAGACACCAAUCGAUUCAAAAACCCCACCCCAAUCACCCCAACCAAGCCAAGACCCCAAUACCCGAGACCCAGGCGUCCCGGACGCCAUAUGGACCCAACUCCAAAAGGACAAGCUCGCCUCCGAAGCCCGCGAGAAGGAACACCAGAAACUCAUCUCAGACCAAACCCAUCUUCAGAACCUCCUAGACGCACUCAAGAAACAACAACAACAACUACCCCCGCUUACCCAAACCGGCAACGACGACAAUGAUGGUAAUGAUGAAGGCGAGGCCAAAAAGCGCCACGAGCAAGCGCGCCUUCAACACGAACUCGAGCGCAGAGCCAGAGAAGAUGAACUAGAAACACUGCGCAAAAAACGCGAGGCUGCGGAGCAGGAACGUAAGAAAGAACAGCAAGCUCAGAAAAGGCUCCGGCAGAUGGGGGUCUGUUGUAUGGGGUUUCGGUGGAUACGGCAGGCAAGUGGGUAUCGGUGUGCGGGGGGGGUCGCAUUUUGUGGGGAAUGAGCAGUUGGGUGUGUAGAUUGAUUCAUCGUGUUAUGUUGUGUUGUGUUGGAGUAGGUGAUGGGAGUGUUUGGUCUGUGGGUUGGUUGAUGAAGGAGGGAGAUUGAUUAAUAUUCUGGUAAUCUAGAAUGUCAUAUUCAUGUUUUAGAUACUGGUCACAAUCAACAAGAAGCAU